AAUUUGGUAGUAAUAGUAGUAUUUGAAAAUGGGACAACGUCAUAGUAAAUUGGCUCCGAAAACUUUAGCCGAGCUGAGAGAUCAGACGAACUUCACUGUGGAGGAACUUAAUGAGUGGUACAAAGAAUUCAGAAGUAGCUGGCCGAAAGGAGCCCUGACAGUGGACGAGUUUAAGAAGGCCUACUCCACUUUCUUCCCGCUAGGGGACGCCUCGGAGUUCGCCAAGCACGUGUUUCGGGUGUUUGACCAGAAUGAUGAUGGUUUGCUGGACUUCCGGGAAUUCGUCUGCGGGUUUAGUGUCGUCCUGAGAGGAAGUGUUGACGACAAACUGUCCUUCAGCUUCCAAAUCUACGACAUUAACGGCAACGGAUUUAUCACCAGAGACGAAAUGAAGGAGGUGCUUUCUGUACGUAUAAAGAUUUAGCUAAAAUUUGAACUUCGUUGCAUCUUGGUCUUUGCAGCAUAUUUGAAAAUUUACCGCGAGAUAGUAGAUCAUGCAUGCAGUUGUAUC